AGAACAACUGCUUAGACUUUACAGUUGCAUUACUACAAGAUGAAGAUAUCAGCUGUAGUCUCGGUAGGCCUGCUGUUGGCAGUUAGCCAGCCCUCCACCCAAAAACACAUUGCUCCUCGUAUAGUUGGUGGCAGCGAUGCCAGAGCUGGUCAAUUCCCCUAUGCUGCAGCCAUCUAUAUAACAAAACCAGAUAGUACUACUUUCUGUGGAGGGGUUCUUCUCAGCAACCUUUGGGUCCUUACUGCAGCUAACUGUAUCCAAGGCGCUACUAUGACAAGAGUUCAACUCGGAUCAACUCAAUUGAGCGGCAUCGAUCCCAACAGGCUUGUCGUGGCUUCAGAUAACCUAGUGUUCCAUCCAUUGUUCGAUCCAGAGACUCUUGAUUAUAAUUUGGGUCUCAUCAUGUUUAGGAUGGCCAUAAUAUUGGACGAUUAUAUUAAACCCACCAGCUUCUUCCCAAUAACGGAUCUGCCGGGCUCAGCUCCUGUAACAGCUCUUGGAUGGGGCCAAAUUAACGAUGAGGUUGCUGGCGUUCACAACGACCUCCAGUACGUACAAGUAGCCACUUUGACCAACGAAGAGUGCAAACUUGUGUAUGGAUCGGUAAUUACAGAUGAUAUGGUGUGCGUUAGUGGCAACUAUAACGAGGGAAUAUGCAGGGGUGACAAUGGCAGUCCUUUGAUACAGAAUGUAGGAGGAGGUCAUACUCUUAUUGUUGCUAUUGCCAGCUUCGUGAGCACCAAUGGUUGUGAAAGCACUGAUCCUUCUGGAUACACACGAGUGUUCCCCAACAAGGAAUGGAUCUCUAAUGUUACAGGCAUUCGAUAAGAUGUAACAAAAUACAAAAAACAUGAAUAAAGAGUAUAUUUCUAUAAAAA